AUGGGCGGCUUCGCGGACAAACUUCGUGGUCAAAACAUCGUGGUGGUUGGAGGAAGUUCGGGCAUCGGAUUUGGUGCUGCUGAGGCGCUUCUCGAUGUAGGUGCUAAGGUCACCAUUGUUUCUUCCUCGCAAGAAAAGAUCGAUGCAGCAGUGAAGCGCCUGGCAAGCCCAGAUGUCAAAGGCGUGGUUGCCGAUGUGCGCGAUGAAGCAGCCUUCAUUCAAGCAUUGCGGUCGUUGGCUCCGGUUGACCAUAUAGUCUUCUCUGCGGUUGAUAAUAUCAUCCGCGGCGAACUGGCCGAUCUCGAUCUCGAUGGCGCCAAACACCUCUUCGGUGUGAAGUUCUGGGGGGCUGUCAUUGUCGGCAAAGCUGUCUCAAAGCACGACAUCAUACGCAAGGGCGGCUCGCUCACGCUCACAUCAGGAACAGCAGGCAUCAGGCCGGGGAAAGGGGCUGCUGUAGGAGGAGCACUCAACGGAGGCGUGCUUUCUCUCACCAAGGGUCUUGCCGCGGAUCUGUCCGAGAAGAAGAUCAGGGUCAACACGGUGGUUCCAGGUUUGGUGAAAACUGAAUUGUGGGAUAAGCAAGGUAAAACGCCCGAGCAGCAGAAAGAAAUCUUCGAGAAGGGCAGCCAGCAACUGCCGGUGGGAUUUGUCGCCACAGGACGGGAUAUUGCUGAAGCGUACUUGUACGCCAUCCGGGCAGAUUAUGCCACUGGCACCCUGAUUGAGAUUGAUGGCGGUCGUCUGCUAUAA